AUGGGUGAUGAUUUCCAGUACCAAUAUGCAGAGUCUUGGUUCAAGCAAAUGGAUAAAUUAAUUCACUAUGUCAAUGAGGAUGGUAGAGUAAAUGCUUUGUAUUCCACUCCAUCAAUUUACACCAAAGCCAAAAAUGCUGCUAAUCAAACUUGGCCACUGAAAACUGAUGAUUACUUCCCGUAUGCUGAUCGUGCUAAUGCUUAUUGGACUGGCUAUUUCACGAGUCGCCCAGCCUUAAAGCGAUAUGUUAGGAUGAUAAGUGGAUACUAUCUGGCAACGCGUCAACUUGAAUUUUUCGUUGGAAAGCAAUCAACUAAAUACAAUACUAUUGGCCUUGGAGAUGCUCUAGGAAUUGCACAACACCAUGAUGCUGUCAGUGGUACUGCCAAACAGCAUACAACCAAUGACUAUGCCAAACGACUGGCUAUUGGAGUCUCUGAGGCUGAAGCAGUUGUUAGUUCUUCCUUGGCUUGUCUUACUAGCAACCUAUCAAGUGAUCAAUGUUCAGCACCUGCAUCGGCAUUUGCCCAGUGUCAAUUGUUAAAUAUCAGUUACUGCCCUCCUACUGAAGAUAGCAUUCCAGAUGCUAAGAGUUUGGUAGUUGUGGUGUAUAACCCACUUGGAUGGAAACGUACUGAUAUUGUCAAAAUACCAGUUAAUGAUGCUAAUCUUGUCGUCAAAGAUUCACUGGGCAAUAAUCUUGAAGUACAAUAUGUGGAUGUAGAUGAUGUUACUACAAAUUUAAGAAAAUUAUAUGUGAAGGCCUAUUUGGGGGUGUCACCAAAACAAGCCCCAAAGUACUGGCUUUUGUUUCAGGCGUCAGUACCUCCGCUUGGAUGGAGCACGUACUUCAUUUCUAAAGCAACCGGAAAAGGGACCAGAACAGAAGAUAUAUCUCAACUCAGCAGUCAGAAGGGUGAGACCAUUAUCAUUGGGCCUGGAAAUUUAAAGAUGUCCUUUUCCUCAACCUCUGGACAACUCAAAAGGAUGUAUAAUUCCAGAACUGGAGUUGAUAUACCUAUUCAGCAAAGCUAUCUCUGGUAUGGAUCUAGUGAGGGUGAUAGUGAUCCUCAGGCUUCUGGAGCAUAUAUAUUCCGGCCUAAUGGAUCCCCUCCAACUAUCGUUUCAAGAUCAGUGCCCACCAAGAUAAUCCGUGGACCACUAGUUGAUGAAGUUCAUCAGAAUUUUAGCUCUUGGAUUUAUCAGGUUACUAGGCUUUACAAAGACAAAGAGCAUGCUGAAAUCGAAUUCACUAUUGGUCCGAUUCCUACUGAUGAUGGAGUUGGAAAAGAGGUGAUCACACGAAUGACAGCAAAUAUGGCCACAAACAAGGAGUAUUAUACUGAUUCCAACGGGAGAGAUUUUCUAAAACGAGUUCGAGAUCAUAGAGAUGAUUGGCCCCUUCAAGUAACUCAACCAGUAGCAGGAAACUAUUACCCACUUAAUCUUGGAAUUUAUACCAAGGAUAAGAAAUCCGAGUUCUCGGUCUUAGUUGAUCGUGCCACUGGUGGAGCUAGCAUCAUAGAUGGUGAGGUGGAAUUGAUGCUUCAUAGGCGUAUUCUCCAUGAUGAUGGUCGAGGAGUUGGGGAACCACUUGAUGAACAAGUUUGCGUGGACAAUAACAAAAUAUGUGAAGGACUAACAGUCCGAGGAAAUUAUUAUAUCAGCAUAGACAAACUUGGAACUGGUGCACGCUGGCGCCGUACAACUGGUCAGGAAAUCUACUCACCAUUCUUAUUGACUUUUACGCAUGAGAACUUGAAUAGUUGGAAGUCCUCUCAUGUGACCAAAGGAACAAUCAUGGAUCCAAAUUACAGCUUGCCCCCCAAUGUGGCUCUGAUAACUCUUGAGGAGUUGGAUGGUGGAAUUGUGCUUCUCCGUUUGGCACAUCUAUAUGAGCCAAGUGAAUAUGCUGAGUAUUCAACUCUAACCAAAGUUGAACUGAAGAAGUUGUUUGCCAAGAAAACGAUAAAGGAGUUGAAGGAGGUAAGCUUAUCUGCUAACCAAGAGAAGUCAGAAAUAAAGAGGAUGACAUGGAAGGUUGAAGGGGACAAUGGACAAGGACCUCAAGGACUUAGGGGUGGCCCUGUCAACAACCCUAAUUUGGUUGUUGAGCUUGGCCCCAUGGAAAUACGAACUUUCCUAUUGAAAUUUUAA